UCGGAGGUGGUGGAACAACGGAAGUACAGUCAGACAAGAAGAAGAAGCAGCUGCAGAAAAAGAAGGAUAAAAAUUGAAGAUCCGCUUCAGCGCAACCGUCCAGCCUACCCAAGACUUCCAGCACGGGUUUGUGGCCUGAGCUCGUCCGGAGGAAACCACCGCGUUUGCGCCUGAGGAUUGAAUCCUGAAUCUACGAGAUAAAGGGUGGAGUCGAAAUCUGAAAACACAGACGGAGGCUGAUGUGAUGGUGGGAUGAAGACGAUCUGAGGAAGAGGAGCUCGGUCCUCCUUCAGCCGCUGCAGAGGAACAAUGGGCUCUUCAAAGAAGAAAUGUAAAAGACAAAGCAAAGUGAGAACUCAGCGAUCUCAGGAUGAUAAGGCUUCCCCAGCAACAAACAAAGACAAAUCACACCCCUGCGAAGAAUGUGGAAAGACUUUUCCCACUGCAAAACAGCUCAGAAACCACCAACGCAUCCACUCUGGAGUGAAACCCUUCAACUGUGAGCACUGUGAAAAGGCUUUUAUCACAGCAGCAGCUCUAAGAAUUCACACACGUAUUCACACUGGAGAAAAACCCUUCAGCUGUGACCAGUGUCAAAAGACUUUUCGUCACACAUCUGCCCUCACGGUACACAAGCGCACCCACACUGGAGAAAAACCAUAUCCCUGUGAUCAAUGUGAGAAAGCUUUCCCAGUUUUAUGUGCUUUAAAAGAACACCAGAACACCCACACUGGAAGGAGACCGUACUCCUGUGGCCAGUGUGGAAAGUCAUUUAAUCAUAUAGCAGCUUUGAAAAGACACCUGCGCAUCCACACUGGAGAGAAGCCAUACACCUGUGAGGAGUGUGGCAAGUCCUUCAGUAUACUCAACUACCUGAAGGUACAUAAGAGAGCUCACACUGGAGAAAAAAGGUUCUGGUGUGAUGAGUGUGGGAAAGGAUUCACAAAACAAAAUAGUCUCAGAGAACACCAGAACAGCCAUGCUGGGAAAAAACAACAUUCCUGUGACCAGUGUGGAAAAGCUUUCUGUUGGACAGCCAGCCUCAAAACACAUAAGAAAAUACAUGAAAAUGUGAAACAGUACCUGUGUGAGAUAUGUGGAAAAGCUUUCCUCUUGAAAGGAAAUCUAAAGAAACACAGUAAACUUCAUACAAGGGAGAAGCGUUACUCUUGUGACCAGUGCGAGGAAGCUUUCACUUCAUCAGCUGAGCUCAGAAGGCACCAGCGAGUCCACUUUGGUGAUAAAGUAUACCGCUGUGAUAAGUGUGAGAAAGGAUUCACACAGUCCGGCAACCUCAAAAUUCAUCUACGCACUCACACUGGAGAAAAACCAUACAAGUGUACCCAGUGUGAAAGAGCUUAUGCCAAAAAACGUAGCUUAGCAGUGCACCUAGUUGCCCACUCUGGAGUGAAACUACAUUCCUGUGAUGAAUGUGGGAAGGAGUUUGCUCAUUUGGCAUACCUGAAGAGGCAUGAGCUCGUUCACAGUGGAGUGAAGGCACACAGCUGUGAGCUGUGUGGAAAGGCUUUUGUCAGCAAGAAUAACUUAAAAAAUCAUCAACACAGGCAUACUGGAUUGAAACCAUACAAGUGUGAUAAGUGUGGGAAAGCUUUUUCCUCCAAGCAAGUCUUAACUCUCCAUCAGCAUACCCACUCUGGACUCAAGCCAUAUCGCUGUGACCUUUGUGGAAAAAACUUCAGCCAGAAAGUGACCCUGAAAAGACACAGACGAAUGCACACGGGAGAGGAUCUGUACUGCUGUGAAGUAUGUGGUAGAUGUUUUCCUUUGUAUUCUGGACUAGAAGUCCACAAAGUUACACACACAGGGGAGAAACCGCAUCGCUGUGAACAGUGUGGGAAGGCUUACAGCCAUUAUCGCAGCCUUAUAAUCCACAAACGAGACCACACUGGGGAGAGACCAGUCAAAUGUGACCAGUGUGGUAUGCGUUUUAAAAGUUCCAGCUCUCUGUGGCACCAUCGACAGAUUCACAAAGGAAAGAAACCAAUUAAGUGCCAUCACUGUCAGAAAUGGAGCAGCACAUAUGGCUCAAAUCCUCGACGCUGUCAGCAUUGUGGCAAUAAACCAUACCGCUGCGUCCAGUGUGGAAACACUUUCAGCCAGCUGUUAACCUUAAGAAGACACCAGAACAUGCACACUGGACACAAACUGAACUAUUGCAAAGAAUGUGGGAAAGGCUUCCCAACACUGGGUCUAUUAAAAUGCCACAAAAUUGUCCACAGUGGGGUUAAAGGUCAUGUCUGUGAUGUCUGUGAGUCAUCAUUCACCAACGCAGGUAGUCUCCGAAGACACAAACGAAUUCACACAGGGGAGAAACCAUUCAAGUGUCGACAUUGUGAGAAAAGUUUCACAUCCUCAGGUCAUCGCACGCUUCAUGAACGUGGGCACACUGGAGAAAGACCAUACUCCUGUGACGAGUGUGGGAAAAGCUUCAGACAUUCAAGAUCUUACCGCAUACAUCACCUCAUCCACACCAAAGAGAUAAUAAUUCCUUGUGAAGUUUGUGGAAAGAUAUUCAACUCCCUGUCUUCAUUUGAGUACCACGAACGUACCCACACUGGGGAGAAACCUUUUAAGUGCAAACACUGUGACAAAUCCUUUAUUUCAGCAUCUAUGCGCGCACGACAUGCACAUGUUCACGACAAAGAGCAACAGUAUGACUGUGACCAGUGCGACAAGAGUUUCAGGACUCACAAUUCCUACACCAUUCACAAGCGCAGCCACAUUGCAAAUAAGCAGUUUUAUUGUUACCAGUGCCCAAAAAUAUUUGCUUCAUCGCGAGGUCUGUGGAAACAUCAGGUCAAACAUGCUGAGCAGAAAUCAUUUCCUUCACUGGAUAAAAGGAAGUGCCUCGAAGCAUCUAGCCAGACUUAUGGUCUCAGACUUAAAACCCUCGAGAUCAGGCUGCACAGAAUAGAUAUAGAUUCCUGAGAUUUCAGUUAGUGUCACGUUUUGUGUACUGUCUUAACUUUCAGUACCUUUAAAGUUCGAUAGCAGUACAACAAAGUGGUACAUUAGAUUAUCCAUUGUUUGAUGACCUUAUUGGUCUGUUGUGCAGUGGUGCUAGUUUCUCUAUAGGCCCUGAGAAAACCAGUAAAAAUGUGGUUUAGAGAUUGAAAUGAUAAAAAGAAAUAUUGUUAACCACUUAAGCCCCACACUCCCGGUACCGGGGGCAAAAAGGAGAUCACGUUUAAUCGGUUAUAACGCGGGUUGAGAAAUAUAAGUCCAGACAUGUGUGGUAUCCACAGAAACCUCAGAAUCUCAGCUAAAACGUCAUAAAAACCAUUUCUACAACCACCAAACACACCAAAAACAAGCCGUGAUUAAACGAGCAGUUACGUAAAUGCGCAGAAGUCCGCUAAACAAACAAAACCGAACCAGAAAUUCUUCAGACUUCGUGUAACCAGCUAGAGAUAGGCUGGUUAGCUUCCAGGGCUAUCACUGACUGCACACACCAAGUUUCACCACGAUCAGACCAAAAUUCACUGAAUGAGCCGUAAAAGAAGACCACAAAAACACACAGCAGCGCAAUUGCGCUAAGACAAAAAUUGGCUUACCGUCCCGAUUUCCUCCGUUAUUGUAGCCGGUAGCCAUGUGAACAGUAGUUACCAUACCUACCUAGCCGCAUCAGAGCAGUUUUCCGUCAACAACCUCCAUUUUAGACCCACCUACAGACACGUGACUGAACAGACGCCACAUGCUGUAAAUUUGGGCCCACGUGGGUUUUGGCAUCACAACGUGCACACACAACGUGAAUCUAUUGGCUUAAACGAUUAAAAAGAGGUGUCAAUCACGCAAAUUGACCAAAAGAAACCGAAGUUACAGCCCCUCAGAGUUUAAAGGGCCAGAGGCCAAUCAAACGCUCCAGGCGCGCUGCAGAAAAGGCCAUUACCAUGUAAAUGUGUGGUUAAUUCUUCAAAAAAAAUGUUUUUUUUAAAAAAAGCAUUUUUAGGCCUGUUAAUACAAUUUGUUAAUUUCUGCUCUUUAAAACCUAAAAAAAAUCAACUGGCAUGGUGUCCAA